AUUACAAAAUAAUAUUAAUAUAUAGUAUAAUUAUUACACAUAAACAGUAAACAACUGUGCAAAAAAUAGAUUUUAUUGUCGUUUUUUUAUUGUAUAUUCAUGCGUAAUUAUAGCUCACAUGUGUAUAUACUUAUACAUUAACAUGCAUAUAUACAUAUUUUAUUUAUUUCAAUUUUUUUCUUGUAAAUUUGUGUAUUCAUGUAAAUUUUUCUCGUUGCAGGAAACUUUUUCAUGCAUGAUAAUAUCUGUGUUUGUGAUAUUGUGUCUGCCGAUAUCAUCCACAUCUCAUUUUCCUUCCCAGAAUGCAACAGGUACUGAAUUAUACUUUUUAUAUCUAGUAUUUUUCUGGGUAAAGUUUGUUGCUUCGUGCAACCAGCUGCAUCCUCAAGACCGACAAGUACAAAUAAAGCUCACAAUCAGACAUUUUAUUUCCAUUUCUGCAGUUUUUCUCAAAGCUGAUUGGCAGGUUUUGCAGUGAAAUGUUUUGUGGUGUUUUCCCAGUGUAUUUGGGAUCUAGUUUCAUUCAGGAAGCUUUACACAGAGCCAGAGAGCUGACAGACGCUGCAUACGCUCACACCAGUGAGAGAGCGAAGGCGUCUGUAUCAGACGGUUCUGUCCGACCCAAUGACCUGUUGGCCUUGUUCAAACAAACUGGCCCGAAAACCAGAACCCACAUCAGAUCCGCCGAGUUCCUCGACAACACGGUAGAGCUGAUACGAGAGAUGGUGUACACACACUCCAUGGACAAACCCGACCUCACCGAGGUCUUAAGUGCAGAAGACAUGGAGACCAUACUGCAGGUUACAGGCUGUUCCACAGAGACACUGAGACCCGUGUGUAAAUCUGACUGUCUGUCCAAACGCUACCGUACCAUCACAGGACACUGCAACAACAGAGAAAACCCUCUAUGGGGGGCAGCAAACACCCCGUACGCCCGCUGGCUCUCAGCAGAGUAUGAGGACCCUCGAGGGGCCCCGAGGGGCUGGAACCCACAACACACCUACCAUAACUACACACUACCACCUGUUCGCAGUGUGUCGCAGGAGGUUUUGUACACUCAUAAUGAGAACAUCUCUCUGGACACGUCUCUGUCUCAUCUGCUGGUGGAGUGGGGUCAGUGGAUCGAUCAUGACCUGACUUUGACCCCUCAGAGCCCCAGCACUGCGGCCUUUAAGACCGGAGCCGACUGCACACGCACCUGCAGCAGGGACACGCCAUGUUUCCCAAUACAGAUCCCCCUCUCUGACCCUCGGACGGGGACUCAGACCUGCAUGCCGUUUUUCCGCUCUGCUCCCAGCUGUACGGGCGGCUCGGUUCCGCUCGGUCACCGGGAGCAGCUGAACGCCAUCACGGCAUUCGUGGACGCCAGCAUGGUUUACGGGAGCUCGGACACGCUCGCCUCCGUCCUGAGGAACCUCUCGUCCCCUCUCGGCCUGCUCGCCGUCAACCAGUUCCACUCAGACCAAGGGCUCGGCUUCAUGCCUUACCUGCCCCGCACACAACCUCACCUGGAUCCCUGCGGCCCACGAGAGCGGAUCAACCCCAUCCCACUACCAGAGACAGCAGAAAAGCUCAACUUAUCCAUGGGGAAUAGAUCAUUCUGUUUCCAAGCAGGUGACUCUCGGGCCAAUGAGCACUUGGGUAUGAUCGCUCUGCACACGCUCUUUCUCAGAGAACACAACCGAUUGGCUGAGGAGCUUCACAAGCUCAAUCCUCACUGGAGCCCAGACACGCUGUAUCAGGAGGCCAGGAAAAUACUGGGCGCCGUCCACCAGAUCUUGACAUGGGAUCACUACUUGCCACGUGUCCUGGGCCGCAGUGCUAACCUGGUCCUCAUGCCUUCGUACAAAGGUUACGACCCCGCCGCUGACCCCAGCAUCUCCAACAUUUUCUCCACCGCUGCCUUUCGCUUUGCACAUGUGACCGUGCACCCGGUUGUGAACCGUCUUGGACCCGAUUACCGGUUGAGCCCUGAACACCCGGCUUUGCCGUUGCACCACUCUUUGUUUGCAUCCUGGAGGAUGGUGCAAGAGGGAGGCAUCGAUCCUGUGCUGCGUGGUUUGCUCUUGUCUCCAGCUAAACUGCAGACAGCAGAUCAGAUGAUGGUGGAGGAACUGACCGAGAGGCUUUUCCAGGCUCAGGGAGGGCUGCCGCUCGACCUAGCGGCGUUAAACCUGCAGAGGGGACGAGAUCAUGGCCUACAAGGUUACAGCGCAUGGCGAGAACUCUGCGGCCUCUCUGCCCCUGUGAAUGAGUCUGAUUUAGCAGGGAUUCUGGGUAAUGGAGUUCUGGCCAGGAAGCUGCUGCAUCUGUAUGGAACAGCUAAGAACAUAGACGUGUGGGUCGGGGCCAUCUCAGAACCCGCUCUGCCCGGGGGCCGCGUGGGGCCGCUGCUGGCCUGCCUGAUCGCCAAACAGUUCAGAGCGCUCCGAGAUGGCGACAGGUUCUGGUGGCAGAAGGAAGGUGUGUUCAGCUCUGCUCAGAGAGACGCUCUCCGCACUACAUCUCUGUCCCGCAUCAUCUGUGACAACACACGCAUCCGUCUGGUGCCCUUUGACCCCUUCGCUCACACACUAAGCCCUGACGACCUGCUGCCCUGCACACGCAUCGCCCACAUGAACCUCUCAGCGUGGAGAGAACCAGACGCAGACCCGGUCUGUGGCGCGGUCCCGCGGUUGGAUCUGGGCUUCUCCGUGCUGUGUGACUCUGCCGUGAUGUAUCAGUGUCCUGCUGGAUACCUGCUCCAGGGAGCCGCACACGUCACCUGUGACCCCGACACUCACAAGUGGACACCACAAACGCCCACCUGCCAAGAUAUCGAUGAAUGUUCCGCCCACCCGCCCGUCUGCCCUCCACACCUGCAGUGCUUCAACACACCUGGAGGUCACACCUGCACAGAACCUGCAGCUCCGCCCCUUUCUGCCUCCUCCAUUGUGGCGUCAGUGAUGUCAGUCCUAGGGGGCGUGGCUUUGAUUGUGCUCUUCCUGGCUUGCUACAAAAGAGUUUUCCUUCGGAAAGCCGUGACGGUGAAGGCAGAAUGCUGUCAGGGAAGAUGAUGAGAUGGAGCCAAGGGGAAACUGGUUUGGAAAAUGUGCAGUGUUUACAUGUUCAAUAGUCCAGUCUCAUUCAAUGUACUGGACAGAAAAACACAUGAAUGAAACGUGUUCAGGCCUGCAAAGCAUUUUUAACAUUUCUCCCAGUGUUCUCGCCCUCGAGAAAAGCUUUUGUCUGCCGCCGGCUCUCCCACAUGUGACGACACAUCAGCUGAUGUACAGAAACCCUCGCUUUGUUGUAGCUCAGCCUUGAUGUUAAUUGAUUUUGUACACAUAUUAGACAGACAGGAUGCAUUAAAUGAUCACAUUAAAGACAUUUAUAAUGUUACAAAAGGUUUCUAUUUCAAAUAAAUGCUGUUCUUAUGAACUUUCUAUUCAUCAAAGAAUGCUGUAAAAAUAAAAUGUGUCAUGGUUUCCA